CAUGAUCUGCUCUGUAAAGGCUGUACUGGCAGAGGACUUGUGUGUAGUGCAAAAGGAAGAAUUUUCAAUAACAUGUUAUAUGUGCGAAAUAUACAUUUGACGAAAGCAAUUCUGACCAAUAAAUCACGCAAACCUAGCGAUGACAAACCACACUUCCAAGAUCUCCAAGAUCCAAGAUAGUUUGAUGGCCUUCGUCUGUAAUGGUUACAUCGCGUGCGUUUUACAGGCUCCGUUGCUCCGUUGGUUCUGUGAAAGAUAUCUAUCCAUACCUCAUUAUGAAACGCCGCUUGCCAUUAUUCGUUGAACUUUUAAUGAAAAGGUUUGCAGCAUUUAUACGUGAUCGUACGUGAUACAAUUUAUUUUAAGUAAUGCGGUCGUAACUUCGAAGCGUUUUAAUUUACCAUUUGGUUAAUAGCUUUUUUGUUAGCAUUUGAUAUUAUUUAGAGAAACUCUUCUGUUGGCCUGUUCAAAUAGCGAAUGAAAUGUAACUUUCUACUUUGAAAAAGAUAUUAUCAAGCGGAAGUACUGAAGAGAAACCACACGUGCAAUUAAGGAAGUUAAUGCAGUUUGUCAGUGGCUGUUAGCUUGUGUUCGUUCUGCUGGCUCCUUUGAAUGUGAGAAGAAAUCGACAACAUAAGGAUAACAAACAGGGAUAAUUGGACGAAGACCAUGUGUUUAUUCAGUGCUGUUGUUAAAGAUCCAGUAUCACAUUGCUAUGAAUCCAGAUGAGAUGGCAGUUCACAAUUAAGGGUAGCACCAUAGUUUCUCUAGUCAUCCCUUCUGCAAUCUCAUCUUAGAUAUGAUUAAAUCAGAAAUUAGUCAAACAGUGAGCUGUAUCUUACAUCUUCUGACAGUGGAAAUCAGCUGGUUGGUGUGAAAAAUGAGGAAGCCCCACCAUGUAUGCCAUUGCAAGUUAAGAAUGAAAAUGAGCACAACAUGGCUACUAUCACAGAACUUCAGCCUGUUUCAUGUGGUGAAACUUACCACACAUUUUGUGACAGUCAGAGUCUACAGACAGACACAAAGGAGGACACAGAUCCUUUGUCAGUAACAUUCCCAGUAAACAAGCCCAACAUGGCUGAUAUCACAGAACUUCAAUCUGUUUCAUGUGGCAAAACUUACCACACAUUUUCUGACAGUCAGAACCUGCAGACAUAUAUAAAGGAGGAGAGAGAUCCUUUGUCACUAACAUUUCCAGUUAUCAAGACAAAGACUGAGCCCAACAUGGCUGAUAUCACAGAACUUCAAUCUGUUUCAUGUGGCAAAACUUACCACACAUUUUCUGACAGUCAGAACCUGCAGACAUAUAUAAAGGAGGAGAGAGAUCCUUUGUCACUAACAUUUCCAGUUAUCAAGACAAAGACUGAGCACAACAUUGCUGACAUCACAAAACUUCAACCUGUUUCAUGUGGUGAGAAUUACCAUACAUUUUCUGACAAUCACUAUCUGGAGACAGAUAUAAAGGAGGAGGAAGAUCCUUUGUCAAUAACAUCCCCAGUUGUCAAGACAGAGAGUGAGAGAGUGGCUGUAAAGGAAGAGACAGAAUCUCCAGCCAGACCACACACUUUACUGGGUAUUGAACCACACACAGAGAAGUUCUGCUCUACAGGAAAAGAAUACAUGAGCAGUGGACAUAAUGCUGUUGACACUUCUGAUAAUUUAUUGAUUCACCAUGAAAGUAUGAAGACACACGAACAGGGACAUACUAGAGGCCAUGAUUGGAGAACAUCCCUACCCUUGCAGUGUGUGUAG